AAUUAGUACAAAAAAUAAGGCAAUCGUGGGAAUAAACAUGUGAACCCAUGCUUGUUGAAUUGAGUUAUACUUCCAGUUGUUGAGUUAAUUAAUAAACGACUAACUUUAGGAACAGUUAAAAGACUGCACGGGGGUGUUUUUUUAGGUUUUUGUUUUUUGUUUUGUUUUUUUACACAUGGAACCAGUUACACUUCGGGCUUUUGUCUUUACACGGAUUUUAUGCGGUAACGGUCAAAAUAAUGACUUUGUACAUGGCUCUCAUCAUAAUUUUGUCCUAUUUGGCUUUGAUAAAAUGCAUUUUUUUUCGACAUCGGCGGACUUUGGUGAAGUCAUUGAAGCGUGCAUUGAACGCUCCACCAAGCAGAGAAACAAACGGCGAGAAUAUCAGGGCUCUGGUCGUAACUGCGCAUCCGGAUGACGAGUGUAUGUUCUUCGCGCCAACGAUCAUACGACUCGUUGAAUUAAAUGCCACCGUUCAUUUGCUCUGUUUGUCUGAAGGAAACUACUACAAUCAAGGAGCUCAGCGUAAACAAGAACUUCUGAACAGCUGUGCCGUGUUGGGGAUACCAGCCUCCAGAAUCAUCAUAGUAAACCACAAAAAACUUCCAGAUGAUCCCAAAGCAGAAUGGAGCGUCUCAUUGGUCUCCUCUGAAAUCCUGAAGCACAUAAGAGCUCACUCCAUCAACAUGGUGCUGACCUUUGAUGGAAGCGGCGUGAGCAGCCAUGCCAAUCACAUAGCUAUCUAUAACGCUGUCAGGCAUCUCGCUUCCACUGGAGAAGUACCCAAUGACUGCACUUUGCUCUCCCUGGUGACCGUUGGCCUUCUCAGGAAGUACAUCUCCUUCUUGGAUGUUCCCCUCAGCUGGUUUCUGCCCUCAUGUGUCUGCUGUAUUAUAGGCUCAAAGGCCUACAAGCAAGCCAAAGCUGCCAUGCUGUGCCAUCGCACUCAGCUGCUGUGGUUUCGUUACCUCUACAUCACGUUCUCACGCUACAUGUUCGUAAACACAUUCCAAACCAUUGCUCAGGGACCAAAGAACCUGAAGAUCUAUUAAAAGCUCUGAUGCACUGAUUGCCACAUUUAUUACACUACAGGGAAUUUA